UCCACCGCGCAAUCGAGCGCUUCGCUCCAGCGCCAGUGCGCAACUCCAGGCGCCGCGACGCCGUCAUCAGCUGGAUUCGACGCCCAGUCUCGGCAGGUGCACGGUGCCUGCAGCCGGCUGCCUCCAUGGCAGUCCUCCCGCGACCCUAAGCCAUAUGCGAUGCACUCGCUCCAACACGGUGUGAACCUCUCGCGGCGGGCGGCGGCGGCCCUGCUGCUGCUGGCGGCGGCGGCGGCGGCGCUGCCCAAGCCCCCGGACCACGCGUCCGACACCGCCGUGCAGCCCCCGGUCAACCGCGCCGCCAACACGCGCGACAUGGACAGCCUCUACGUGCCCACGACCAGCGCCGCCCCCGAGGCCGGCCCCAGCCCCACGGCGGGCCCCUCGAGCCCGCCGCCCCCCAAGAAGGAGGUGGAGAGGUACCCCGUCAUUUCCGUUUCGUUCUACAGAGUCGAGACGCCCUUCAUCAUCGGACUCUGGAUUUUCUGUGCCAGUUUGGCCAAAAUUGGUUUUCAUAUGGCUCCAAAAUUAAGUGAAAUAUUCCCCGAGUCAUGUCUACUGAUAUUCGUGGGAGUGGUGAUUGGAGUGGUUUUGGUCCACGUUACUGACAGCGUCCACAUGUCGCCGCUUACACCAGACACAUUCUUUUUUUACAUGCUUCCUCCAAUUAUUUUGGACGCUGGUUAUUUUAUGCCUAAUAGAUUAUUUUUUGAUCAUUUGGGCACCAUUUUAUUGUUUGCUGUCAUUGGGACGAUUUUUAAUACAUUAACCAUAGGUGCUUCCUUGUGGGCAGUAGGACUGACAGGCCUGUACUCCUGUGAUACCCCGCUGCUGGACAUGUUCCUCUUUAGUUCACUGAUAUCUGCGGUGGAUCCAGUAGCAGUGUUGGCAGUUUUCGAAGAGAUUCAAGUUAACGAAAUCUUAUACAUAGUGGUGUUCGGUGAAUCGCUUUUAAAUGAUGCCGUCACUGUAGUGUUAUACCACCUUUUUGAGUCUUACACCGAAAUGGGCCUAGAAAACAUCGUCUACCAGGACAUUGUGGCCGGCCUUGCCAGCUUCUUCGUUGUGGCUCUCGGUGGUACUGUGAUAGGUGUGAUAUGGGGACUUGGGACGGGAUACGUUACAAGAUUUACCAAUGAAGUGCGUGUCAUAGAACCUAUUUUUAUAUUUGUUAUGGCCUACUUGGCGUAUUUAAAUGCCGAAAUAUUUCAUAUGUCUGGAAUUUUAGCAAUUACAUUUUGUGGUAUAACAAUGAAGAACUACGUAGAGGCAAACAUAUCACACAAGUCCCACACGACAAUAAAAUACACCAUGAAAAUGCUUAGCAGUUCGUCAGAAACUAUCAUUUUCAUGUUUUUGGGUGUGGCGACUGUCAGUUCGUACCAUGUCUGGAACACAUGGUUUGUUGUACUCACAAUUCUAUUUUGCUCAGUUUAUAGGGUAUUAGGUGUAAUAAUAUUCACAGCAAUAGCAAAUCGUUUUCGAUUACAUCAGCUAAGCCAAGUGGAGAAAUUCGUGAUGUCGUACGGUGGCUUACGAGGGGCUGUAGCCUUCGCGUUGGUGCUUUUAAUCAGCCCCGAUAUAGUGCCACUUCAGCCAAUGUUUAUGACGACGACGAUUGCUGUUGUCUACUUUACUGUGUUCUUCCAGGGUAUUACGAUAAAACCUUUGGUAAAAAUUCUUAAUGUCAAGACAUCCGAAAAAAGGAAACCGACGAUGAAUGAACGAAUUCACGAGAGGUUGAUGGAUCACGUUAUGGCUGCGUUGGAAGAUAUAAUGGGUCAACACGGGAAUUACCACAUUCGAGACAGAUUCAAACGCUUCGAUAAUAAAUUUAUCCGACCAUAUUUAUUGCGAAACCAUCAAGGUGCCGAACCAAAAAUUCUAGAAACUUAUUCAAAAUUAGCAAUGAGGGACGCCAUGGAAUAUAUGCGUAGGAACGCUUCCACCAUAGGUAACAUUUCCGGUACAGAAAGCAUGUCCGCUAUUUUCAAGAAUUAUACGGCGGGCAACCUCAAUGGCAGGUGCGCUACCACAUUACAAACUUGUACCAGUUUUAGUCAUCUAGAUUCAAGUACGUGGAACAUAGACAUGCAAGAAUUGGAGUACAACCCCUCCAAGAAAGACUUAACAGAUGCCAAAAUUCACCACUUGUUAGCCGAAGAAUUAGUCAAACCUGCCAGAAGGCACCGUCGCCUCAGCUACAGCAGACAUGCCGUCAACGAUCGAGAUCUCUCAACUCAAGUCAAUUAUCGGAUGCAUUUCAACAUGAGACGCUUGGUGGCCGACAAGAAACACCACCAUAAACGUCACAGUAAGAAGAUGAAUAAGGAUGGUAAGCAAAACCACGUCAGCUUCCCGGAAUUCCAGCAAAACGGAACUGCCAAGCAAUUCUCACACGAUUACAUAAGUGAGGUUUUGCACGAGGACGACACUGAGCCCAAGUCAACCAAGGAGGACUGGGACAGUCCUAUAACCUUUACCGCGAAGUCGUCUCCAAGCACGGAAACGGAUGUGAGCGGAACGUUUGCUAGUCAAUUAGUUCCACUGAUGGGAACCAAAAGUAAAAAACCGACUGCAGCUGAGGAUUGUCUCCCUUGGCGAAGGGAGCUUUCUAAUGUUAAUGUUACAGAUGAGAGUAUUUUCUCAGAUACAGGAAAACGCAUGUCAAGAGGUUCCAUAGAUGGGGGAGAUUUAAUGCGCGUCACGACGCCCACGGCGACGGAAACAAUGCUGCCUUGGAAACGUGAAGAGGAAGAAGGAUCUGUACCUUUACAGCAAUCGGAGUUUCCGGCGUGGGCGUCCAAUAAAGAAUAUUUAGCCUACAACUCGCCGUCUGCAACAUUUUUAGGAGGCCUAGAAAAUCCUCGUUCGUCUGUGAUUGGGCUCUUCCGAAGGGAAAGCCUCGGAUCGGAGCAUUUAAGUAGUACAGAAUCAACCCCUCAGAAAGAACGCCGGGGCUCAUUAGGACGAAACGCCGUUCUGCUCAUAGAAGAGGGCGAAAGCGACCCUUUGGGCGUCCUUCACAAAACCGGCACUAUUCCACCCCUUCCUCAGCCACCCCAAACGCCAGGACAACGGAGACAAGCCCGUCGCGGUUCCAUGCUGGAACUUAGCGGGUCAAUUACCCGUGAUACAAUACCUGAAGAAACUUUUGGAACUUCUCAUAGGAGGCAAUCGUGGUUUACCCAAUCACGGCAAUCUUCUCGUCCUAGCAUUUCAAAACAGCAAACCAUAGGAAGCGCACUGAUGGGAAAUGUAUCAUCUCCAUCGCCAACUACAUCCGAUGACAGCUCAGUGGACGAAGAUAUUGAAUGUCUGAUGAAAGCAGGAUUUCUUAAAAGUGAUAUCUAAAAUACUGGUUUUUGUGUACAAUUAACAAAAUUAAAGAAAUUAUUUUCGCAAAAUACAAACUUACCCACUAAGGAAAAAAAAAACAAAUUUUGUUUAUACUGGUGAUUUACGGUGAUUUUAUAUAAUAAAUAUAAUAUGAUGAAGAGGUAUUGACAAAUUUGGCUAAAAUUUCUUGUUUUGUGAGUAGUGACUAGAGAAAAACCAGCUUUUUGAUUUUAGUAGGAAAGCAACGAAUUUUGUUAAAAAACUUACCUCAGUACUAAUACAAAAACGAAUGAAUAUUUAUUUACCGGCAAGUUUAUUUGUUUGAUGUAAAAUUUAUUGCAUGUCUGUCUAAUCUUAUCAUUAUUACGCUUUAUCAGUCCCCAUUUGACACGAUUCAUGAUUGUCAUCGUGACUAGUGCAAACAUCAUUCGUCCAAAUCUUUAUUGAAGUAUUAAUCAUAAAUUUUUAGUGAUAGUGUAAUAAUGGAUGGCUUAAAAUGGUCAAAACUGAUGUUUUUCGGUUAAGUGUAACUAAUUUCGUUAAAGUCAUGCAUUAUCUGCAGUAUCAACAAAUGUAGUCAAUCGAAAACAAUAUUAGAUAUAAAAAUACCUAUAGGUAACUUGUAACUUUUUUUUUACUUUUAGUUGAGAGUUAGGGAAUUUUUUCCGUGGAUAGGAAAAUUAAUAUUUCAUUAAUAAGCAAUGUUUUUAUUUCUUAAAGUAAUAUGAGUAUUAACAAAAGUGAAGUAGGGUUAUAAAUUAUUGAUGGUGCCUCAUAUUGACCUCUUAGAAUAAUAUUAAUAAUCAUUAGCAUUGUCAUGCACUAAUUGACCACAUUAUUGCAAAAUGAUUUUAACAAUACUGUUGGCAAAAUAUUCUGCGUUAGUUGAAAGGCUUGUAUAUAUUCUUGUAGAAAAAUAUUUUUUCAGCUGACAAUACUUAAUAUUUUAGUUAUGUAAUUGUAAAAUUCAAACUUGUUAAAGUUGAAAUUAAUAAAUUGCAAUUGAUAAA